UACCACAGUAUAAUAAUUAUUAUUGAUCCAUGGAUACCACCAAUUAAAACAUUGUUUAUAAGACGUAUUUUUAACUAGGUAUAUCGGAAGUCGGAACAUAAUAUUCUAAAAUCCUAAUUUAAUAAAUUUUUCAGAUAUGCCGCACGGGCAUCCCACUUCAAUAUUUUGUAUCAUUGCAACAGAAUUUUGUGAGAGGUUUUCCUUUUGUGGCUUAAGAACUAUUUUGUCGCUAUAUCUGCGGAACAUCCUCUGCCUCCAUGAAAACGCUGCCACUGUGGUGUAUCAUAUAUUUAUCAUGAUGUGUUACUCUAUGCCAUUGAUGGGAGCUAUACUGGCAGACAACUACAUUGGCCGAUACAGAGUAAUUCUAUAUUUUUCUAUAAUUUACUUUGUCGGGACUCUACUGCUGUGUUGCUCGGCCAUACCCCCAUUGAUGUUGCCUCCGACUUCAAUGUCAAUGAUUGGUCUGGUGUUGAUCGCAACGGGCACUGGUGGGAUUAAGCCCUGUGUAGCAGCUUUUGGAGGUGAUCAGUUUCGUUUACCAGAAGACAAUAACCAGUUACAGAAGUUUUUCUCUACGUUCUAUUGCAUCGUGAACCUAGGUGGCUUUAUGGGCAUGGUUGUCACACCGGCUUUACGCAGGGGCGUCAUGUGUUUCGGUGAUGAUGCCUGCUACGCGCUUGGCUUCGGCUUUCCGGCAGUACUUGUUUUAAUUUCUAUCGUUAUUUUUGUGAUGGGAAAACCUUGGUACAGAAUUAAGCAACCACGACAUAACGUUACGUUGAAGUUUGUUGCAUGCGCCUGGUAUGCUUUAAAAAAACGUAUCAAUUACGACCGAAAUAUAGACGGUCCGCCAAAUGAGCACUGGUUGGAUUAUUCUAUAGACAAGUAUGGAGAGAAACUUGUUACUGAUAUGAAAAUUGUAUUCUCUAUAUUAUAUUUGUAUUUGCCUGUACCGAUUUUUUGGUCCCUCUUCGACCAACAGGGUUCCCGCUGGACUUUUCAAGCUUCGAGAUUGCGAAGCGAAAUUUUUGGUAUAACUCUAAUGCCUGACCAGCUUCAAGUGAUGAACCCUGCUAUGGUGCUCCUUAUGAUACCAGUGUGUCCUGGUGGGGCUUGGCCAGUUUUACCUGAGCUUUCGUCUCUGCACAAAAUGUUCGCUGGAGGAAUCCUAGCUGCAAUGGCUUUUUUUUGUGCCGGCAUACUUCAGAUAAGCAUAGAGCGAUCGACAUUACAAGUACCAGGACAUCAUCAAACCGGUAUUAUAUUGCUGAACACUUUGGCGUGCUCUGUGGAGUUAGCAGUGAGCGGGGAAGGACUGGUGCGCGUCGGGCCAGGCGGCACGGCAGUUGUGACACCGUUGCCACGUCUGAUCUAUGCCAUUGUAGCAACCUGCCCGAAGAAUUGCGCCGGCAGGAUUAUGAAACAGCGCUGUAUUAAAAUUAAUUUGAGAACUGUAUCAGGAAUGUUUAUGCCAGUCAUCGUUGGACAAAACUCCGACGAUCAAUUAUCAUUCUAUUUCAUGGAUCCUGGUCCGUUUGCGAAGUCUCUAACGGGCAAACCAAAAUUGAAGGUGGUAUAUAUAGGCGAUACAGGGCCAAACAAGAACGUUUCCAUAGCGGUGGAAACUGACAAGCGGCUAUGUGAUGUAUACUUCGUGUCAGAUGCGCCUGUCGAUCACAUCGGCGAGUCAGCUUACAUGUGUGUUCAGCCCGGCAAAUUUAGAUGGCGUGCCACCAGCGCAGGCGGUGAAGUAUCAGGAUCAGGAGAAGGCUACCUCCGUGUUGGAGGCGUAUACGUGUUGUGCCUCCGGGAGCGACUCGGCAGGCUCGACAUGGCAGUGUUGCACGCGCCCAACCCUCCGAACGAACUGAAUCUCGCUUGGAUAGUGCCCCAAUACUUGCUAGUUUCCAUGGCCGAAAUUAUGUUUGCAGUAUCGGGCCUGGAAUUCUCAUUUACGCAAGCUCCGAAAAGUAUGAAAACUAUAACAAUCGCCGCUUGGUAUAUGUCCGUUGCGAUUGGCAAUCUUAUUGUGAUACUAGUUGCACAAGCCAAGAUAUUCCAAUCUAGGGCAAUGGAAUUCUUUGUGUACGCCGGCAUCCUGACAGCGGCCAUGCUGAUAUUCCUGCGGAUGGCCCACGGUUAUUGUGCUAGAACAAUGGAGGGCGAUGGCUCCUCGACUGAAAGCCAUCCUUUACUGCACGGACAUUCAAGGAUGAUAUCGGUGCACUCGGCGACUACAAGUACGCAACCAUACAGCCACAGCUGCGCAAGCCGGGAAAGCAGUGCCACGUCGUGUUUGGUGCACAUGGAGCGAGCGCGAACAUCAGCCUGGCCCACAUAUACCGUUGUACAUGUUGGCACCCCUAGUACCAACGACAGGAAAGCUACGACCUUAGCGAAGGACUAACUAAGGAGAUGCGAACGCAUUAUUGAGUUGUGGUGAUUUUUCUCAUAAAUUUUUUUUCCUGGCUAUUUCCUGAACAUGUAAAUUUCGAUGUGCCCCU